UUAUUAUUUCCUAGAUUCAGUAACUUCAUUAGAUUUUUUCUUUGAAAUGGAAUCUAUGUUCAAGACAUGGUUAGUGAUGUUUAUUCUUAUCUUGUCUACGAGCUAUUUGCAUUAUUGUGUCAAUGGGAAAUCCCAAGUUCCUUGUGUUUUUAUCUUUGGAGACUCUUUAUCUGAUAGUGGUAACAACAACAAUAUUCCUACUUCUCCAAAAUCUAAUUACAAACCUUAUGGUAUCGACUUUCCGAUCGGCCCAACCGGAAGAUUUACCAACGGUCGAACUUCAAUAGACAUAAUAACUCAACUUUUAGGAUUUGAGAAAUUUAUUCCACCGUUUGCAAACACUAGUGGUUCAGACAUACUCAAAGGUGUCAACUAUGCAUCUGGCGGAGCUGGAAUUCGCAACGAGACAAGCAUGGCUAUGGGUUUUGUUAUCAGCUUGGGAUUACAGUUAACAAAUCACAGAGCUAUAGUUUCUCAAAUUGCUAGCAGACUUGGAAGUAUUGACAAAGCUCAACAACACCUCAACAAAUGCUUGUAUUAUGUGAAUAUUGGAAGUAAUGAUUACAUAAACAAUUACUUUCUUCCCCAACUCUAUUCAACUAGCCACAUUUAUACUCCUCAGCAGUAUGCAGAAGCUCUAAUUCAAGAGUUAUCUUUGAAUUUACAGGUUCUACAUGACAUUGGAGCAAGGAAAUAUGUGUUAGUUGGGUUGGGCCUCUUGGGCUGCACUCCAAAUGCCAUCUUGAAUCAUGGAACAAAUGGGGUUUGUGUUGACGAGGAGAACGCUCCUCCAUUCAUUUUCAAUGGCGAGCUUAAAUCUCUAGUGGACCAUCUCAAUAAUAAGUUCUCUGCCGAUUCAAAAUUUAUCUUCAUAAACAGUACAUUCGAAUCAGAUGGCCAGAAUUCGGGCGGUUUUGUUGUUUCAAAUGCUCCUUGUUGUCCAUUAAGGUUGACUGGAGGGUGUAUUCCCGAUGAAAGACCAUGCAAUAAAAGGAAUGAAUAUGUGUUUUGGGAUGAGUUCCAUCCCACUGAGGCUUGGAACCUACUCACUGCAAGAAGGUCUUAUAAUUCACUUAAUUCAGGCUUCACUUUUCCAUUGGAUAUCAAGCAGCUUGUUGAACUAGAAGUUAAGAUGGAAUUGGAAUCCACAAAUGCGACCGCAUCAAAGCUUAGUGCCUCUAGUUAAACAAGCUCGAUUUAUUAGUAUGCAUUCAUUAUUUUUCCUACAUGCAUUUGAAACAAUCUUUUCAUAUUAUAGCAUUAUUGUAAACUAUAUUAAAUUCAGCUUAGUGUAAUUGGCUUCGCCGCCUUAAUCUUGUUCCGCUGUGUGUUCAAUAAGCCUAUUGAUAACUUUAGCAUUUAUAUGAUUAUAUCUUCAAGCAAAUGCUGGUGGGGAGUUUUGGGAAGUGCCAGGAGCAACAACAAACCAAUAAUCUA